AUGGCCUCCCUGCAGACCUCGUCCAAGAGCUCCCCAGGAUGGGUUUUCUUCUGCUGCUGUUGCUGUCUCCCCCUUCUUCUCACCAGCUGUCUGCCCCUGAAAGGGGCUUCCACCGCCCAUGAUGCCUGCAGGCUCAGGAAGGUCAACUUCCAGCAGCCCUACAUCAGGAAUCGCACCUACACCUUGGCUAAAAUGGCCAGUGCCUCAGACAAGGACACGGACAACAGACUGAUUGGGCAGCAGCUCUUUGUUAACAUCAGGGAAAACAACCGCUGCUACCUGAUGAAGAGGGCUGUGGAGUUUGUAGUAAAAGAUGUUCUCCUCACUGAAGUCAAGAACCAGUACCCUUAUGUUGAGGAGGUGGCACAGUUCUUGGCAUCCCUGACCUCAGAGCUUAGCACUUGUCAAUUCUCAGGAAAAAGAGAACACAUUGAAAAGAACCUGGAACAAAUGAAGAACAAAAUGGAACAGUUGGGAGAAAAUGGAAAGACUAAAGCCAUUGGAGAGCUGGAUUUACUCUUUGACUACCUGGAAAAUGCCUGUACUGAUGCCCAGAAGAAGGGAGGUAACAAGAAGAAAAACUGAAAAAAUUCUGGAUCAGGCUUG